AUUAGAACGAAUACUAGGGACUAAUCCAAAAUAAAUAAUUAUAUCAAGAGUACUACUCGAUAUAUCGACGUUCACCGUUGAAUUAUCAACAUCACUGGAACAGUUUGCGGGUGCAAUGGAGCCGGCGGUGGUGAAACUGAAAGCUAUUGAAGCAACACCGGAGACAUUCAGAGAUUUCGGACAAGUGAUUCAGGCGUCGCCGGACGGCGACGAGUUCGGUCCUCACGAUGCUCAACUCGACCUCUCCCAAGGCACUCCUAGAUUCUACAUCAUGAACCUUGAAGCUCGGCCCCUAAAAUUCUCGACAAUAACACAUCAUGCUAGUGUGACCCAGUGCUUGGGUUCAAUCGGCGGUGGUGUUUGGUAUCUCGGAGUUGCAAAGUCAUCCAUAGUCGAUCCAAAUGUUGAAUUAGACAAGAAGAGUCCGAACAUUUUGCAAUCACGAAGUGGUCACUUCUUUAUACCUCCCGCCGUUGACGGUGUUCACGUCUUCAAAAUCACCGGUCCAAAAUUCCUGAAGCUUCACCGGGGAACUUGGCAUGCCGGUCCUUUGUUUAAGCCGGACUCCAUGGAUUUCUACAAUCUUGAACUCACCAAUACUAAUGUGGUGGAUCAUACAACCCAUGAUUUCAAGAAGGAAAACGCAACUGUAUUUGUGAUAGAUGAUGAGUAGACAAUUUGAUUUGAUUUGUAUGAAAUAUGUAUGAAUACUCAGCUUUUCUUAAAGCAAAACAGUAUAAUAAAAUAAGAAUGAAAACAAAACAUACAAAUUUAUAAUGAAACAAAUCCUAAUUUACUUAUCUUCACUCGAAACACCACCUACACCCACCCCUUUCGCAAGACUAACAUACUUCAACACAAGUUCCUUAUAUCGAUCUAACAAAUCUUCCACGUCACCAACUGUCAAAUCACCCGCUUCCGAAUACAAAUACGGAAAAUUCCGAAACUCUUCAAUUCCAUUUCCGUCUUUUACAAUCAUAUCCGCCCCUUUAUUCUCCAAAUCUGAAACCGAUAAGUUCUUUUUCACCGAUGAUACUUCCUUUUCCUUAUCUUUUUCUUUUUCGUUUUCCUUUUCGGUUGUCGAUUCGCUAUUCUCAGAUGACAUACUUUGACCAAUGUUUUGACCGGUAGUGUAAUCGGUGGAUAGGCCAUGAAUAAGUGCUUGAGCGGAUUCCAUAUUCUUCUGAAACUCGGUUUCAUCCAUGGAAAGCGCUUUGGCAUCUAUGUUUGUAACAAAGGCUUCAGCAGACAACAUGUUUGUAAAGAAAUAAGCCGCUUCUCCAACUAGUCUGGAUUCGCAUCUGAAUCGUUGAAUAUACAACAAAUUGGAAUGCAAUUGAGGAGGGUUUGCUUUUAUGGUAACAUAGAUUAAAACCGGGAGAAACUCAUCCGCUCCAGGAGGGUUUUCAUUAGCAGCAACCGAAGCAUUAAGCAACAAGUUACUAAUAACUUUACAGCAACUAAGUAUGCAAACAAGUUUAUCUCGUGGGGCUUUAUAGAUAUUGAUUUUUUGAAGCUCCUUUUGAGCGAGGAUCCACGAGGUUUCGUUUUGGUAUGUUGGUUGGAUAUCUAAGUGUUCGGGUUUGAUGAAUUGUUGGAGAAGAGAUAAUUUUUGGUGGAGAUUUUCAUCUUGUUUGAUGUCGUGUUGGUGUGAGGCGAAGACACGGGGGAAUAAUUUUGUCAUGAUGUAUUUUUCAAGGCCUUCGCCUGCG